GCAUCUCCAUCGUCACAAAUAAAACAAAAUGUGUUCACAAACCACCAUCGUUUUAACCGUGCUGUUUUUGUGCAGCAUUAACAGUGAACCAAUAACAACAACCGAAAGCUUAGCAGGUACAAUCAUUCCUGAAACAACGACAGUACCAGACAUCGAAGCUCAAGAGCUUGGACUUGACCAACAACAGGAACAGGAUCAACAAGAACAGUUACAGCCCGAAAUCGUGCUGAACAGUUUGACGGGACACAACGUACCGUUGGGGGCACCACCAACGGCCCAACUGGGAAACAAAUACGUCCCAAACAUUUUUCAAAAGUUCACCAACAACAAACUGCUGAAACCUUUAACGGAUCAAUUCGGCUCCAAGUUCAAUGAGUUCAACAACUACUGGAACCACCCCAACGGACCCGGCUUUCAGCUGCAAAAUUUUGGCCCGCAGAAAAUAUGGGAGAAGAUCAAUAAGAAAGGUGGAAUCUUAUCCGGCUCCGGAGCUUCCAUUUUUGGCGUAGCUCACAAUGGAAAUCCGGAUUAUCCCUUCGCGUUUAGGUCUGCUGGUGCUCAGGCCCAACAGGAAGGCAGAAUUUCCAGGGAGGACUUGAAUAAAUACAAAGAAGUGGGUCCCAAACCCUUCCAUUAUUUCGACUACUCCAAAAUAGUGGAGAUCAAAAACAACACGUAUAAGUUUCCAAAUCUUUUGUCAACGUCCACAUUGACAGGUCCAGAAAUAAUUUACCAAGACAAAGUUACUAGUACUGAAAAGGCUACCACUGAAGGAAUCACGGGUAGUUUAAAUCAAACUGGGGAAAAUGGAACUUUUUUUAAUGGUACUGAAGCACUUACAUCUAACAAUGAAAAUGAUGAGAUAUUUGCUGAUACCGUCGUAAUAGAAAGUAUUAAUUAA